UUUAGCGCCAGUAGAAAAAAAAAAAACAAACAGUUAUCGUAAAACGCGUGCGUCGCAAGUAUCGGACGUUAACUCCGACGAAACGUAUAACGAAACACGUGUGCCGCGAGCUAAAUAUUGCAUAAGGCAUCCGACGCAGUGCAACGUAGGAAGAGCAAAUUGAAGAAAUUAAUUGUGACGAGUGUAUCCAUCGUGUGUAUGACCGUCGUGUGUAUGACCGCCGACCCACGGCUAAGAAAACAUCGUUCCGGUUGAGGCAACCAUCGUUCUCGGUUUGAGGGCAACCGGCACGUAAUACGGAAGACGUCGUAUUGUAAUCCUGAGAAGACCAACAAGCAGCAGUGAAGACAUCACUCCCGAUCCAGCCGUCCCUGACCAGCCGAAUAGGAGUUGACCCUGCUGAAGCGGAUCUGAACCACGGUUGUUCCGGCGAGGCAGAGCCGAAUAUCUCAGAUAUCACCAAAACAGAAUUGGUACGGUCCGAUUGGAAAAGGGCCCAGGCAAUCACACAACAAUAUUGGCGACGGUGGAUAGCUGAGUAUCUCCCAAAGCUCUCUAUACGAGAAAAGUGGACUCAACCGGCCAAACCAUUACAAAUAGGCGAUAUUGUCACGUUUCCCGAUGAACAAAGGAAAGGAAAGUGGUUUAAAGGCCGAAUCUGCGAGCUGGUAACUGGCGUAGACGGACAAACUCGUUCAGCACGAAUCAAAGUAGGUAAUAAUGUAGUUAAUAGGCCAACUGUAAAACUAGCAGUACUCGAGGUAAAACGAGAUCAAACAUUUCCAAAUUGGGGAAAAAGGAAGGAAACAAAUCUUAACGUUAUAAAAGCUAAAGCAGAAGAACUAGCAAGUCAAAUACCAAAAAGGAAAAAGCUCAAAAUUAGGCCCGUAUCAUGGAGCUCAUCCUUAAAAUAACAAUAUACAUAGCCGCUCUGUUUAGAGUCGAAUGCUUAUCGAUCGUACCUAUCCCUGAACCAGGAAUAUACUUUGAUCAUAUUGGGACACUCCUAUUGAAAAAAGGAGCAUGGGAAACGACAUUCCAUACGGGGACACGUCCGGCAAAUGAUACGGAUACGUUACAAACGUUGAAAAAACACUUAACCACAGUAUUGAACUCCGUUAAUAGUACGGACUCCGAACUCUCAGAUCUAAAAGUUACAAUCCAGCGCGAAUGCAACCAUGCAAUUCAACUAAUUCAAGGAAUAAGUCACAAAAGGACAAAACGCUCCCGGGGAAUAUUUGGUAUAUUAAAAGAUUUCAUGUUCGGGGGAGACGACAUAGACGAGCAAUUAGCAGCCUUCAGAGCAGCAGAGGAUACAAAAAUUACACAUGUGUCCGAACGUUUGACCCAAACAAAUAAAAAACACAAUGAGUUAACAGAAAAUUUACGUCACCGAAUAGACAAACUCUAUGAUGGUAUAGAUGUUCUCAGCAAAGAAUUUAAGCAUAACAAAAAUGAAGUUCUAACAAAGUACAUACAAGAAACGAUCAUGCUUACAACCGCUCUAGUACAAGACAUGAUAAAUAAGUAUCACGAAAUAGAUUCAAACCAAUUAUAUUUAGAGGAUGAAGAGAUGUUAAAACAAACUAUACGAAGAAAGAUGGCAAGUCAUUAUAAUGUUUUAGAAUACUCGGAAAUAACCAAUAGGAGGAUAGAAAAUGGUGAAAUAGUCUUUUCUAUCAAAAACGUAAUUGUAUCGAUAGAAAAUUACGAGAUGUUUAAAGUCAUAGCCAUUCCAAACUUUGCUAAUUAUACGAUUUUAGACAUACACGAAAAUACAAUAGCCAUCAACGAAACUAGUUACUUAUACCCGAAGGAAAUUGUUAAACUGAACGAAUCGCAUUACAUAUCUUCUGAGAAAAUAAUACAACGAGAACCAGACUGCAUAGCAUCAGCAUUACUACACACAGAAAGUGGUACCAGAUGUAGUUCAAAGGAAAUAGGGCCAGAAGUCACUGAAUUUAUACAACUUACAAAUCCAAACAGUAUUCUGUUCUUCUCUACCAACCCUGAUAAGAUAUUACUAAAAUGUAAUAAAACACUCACUACACCAAGCUGCUCAAUCGGAAUCAUAACCUUGUCACUAGACUGUAGCAUUUUGACGAGCAAGUUCGAAAUACAACCGACGAUGCUAAUAAAAUCUGAGCAAGUUAGAGCAUAUUUUAAACCCAUGUUAAAUUUAAGCAUAUCAAAAGAAGAUAAGUCUAACGAAGUAGAAUCAGUAACCAGUAACUAUGUACUCUUCUCGAUAACCAUACUAAGUGUUUCUAUUACGGUCAUCUUGGUUUCCGCGAUGUUAAUCAAGAAAUAUCUAAAACAAAAUAUUGGUCCUCCUCCAUGCAGGCCACCCACUUUAAACCUAGAAUUGUAACUCCCCUACGAGGAUUUACGGGGGGAGGGAUGUCGCUGACGACAAUUUAGGCUUAAAAAACAAAGCGUUGCUAGGUCAAUAAAUGCUGACUAGCUAUGUUAUGCAACGCGCCAGCGAUGCGCGCUGGUUUAACGAUUAAAUGGAAAAAUAGGCUAAGAAGAAUAGAUUAAGAAGAAUAUGCUGAUCGACGACGGUCAGCAUUUUUAGAGUAUAAAAUCAAUUGAAUAAAUUAAUGAAGCCAUUACUUGCCAAGAACCAGUUGGUGCGUUCAUUAUUGUGCUUAAGUCGGCGUGUACUGUGCCUGUCUUAAGCUGCUGCUCCGAAAGACACUUUCGUGUGCGCGACAGUCAUU